AACCACAACUCCGGCCGAAGUGACCAGAUUGUCGAACCUCCAUUCGUGAGCAACUCUAUACUCUACUGAGACUCUCGCAAUCGAUAUUUAAAGCUUCAAUAACCAAAUUUUUGUCCAUCUCUUCGUCAUACAACUUCCGAAAUUUUUCAUCACUCCUUCUGUUUCUGAAAAGAAGUUUUCCGUCGCAAUCGCUUCCGUCAUAAUUACUACUGCUAUAGCUACUUUUUAAAACCUGCAUUUGAUCUAGCAACGCUGUGCUCAAGCUCCGACAAGAUGAGUGCGCUAACGUAAGUAUGAACUUGCUUCGCGCCUACAGGCAUACUUUUGAAGAUAUGCCAAGUCGGUAAUAGCUACACAAGAGCGUGUCCAGUCAUGACGACUGCAGCUCAGACCUCUGUAUUGCAUUGGCAUCUACUUCAGAUAAUUGCGCGAGUAGUGUCCUAUUUUCCCUCUAUAAUGUGCUCGUGAAUGAGAAUUCAUGCAAAAAAACCCGUUCAAGUGUGUUAAUUUCUAUUUGACGUCAAGUCGCUGGCCGCAUAAAUUGGUUUUGUCGGAGGAGUGCAUGCAGAUAAUAAAUACUAAGCUACAAUUGUGUGGCCAUAGUCUGUAUACAAUCACCACUCUAAUGAUUCUAAUAGAUGAAGAAAAAAAAUUAUAAUGUGAUAUGAGAACAUUUCUAAAAAGAUGGGGUAUUCAGGAAGUGUUGUUGUUGAGUUGUUGGGUCGUGCCACCUCGCUGUUGGUACCUCUAUUUUGCAUGAUGACCAAUCACUUUCGUUGUUACAGAUCAUAGGUUUGCCCAGAAUCUAUAGGGUAAUCCCGGUUGUGGUAGAUUUGUGUUAUUCCAGACCUCAUUGAUCGCAAUGGCUCCAAUCACUAAGAUGUAAUUGAUGAUCUCACCAAUGAUAAAGGCUCGUGAGAUCAUCAGACGGCCACACAGUAAGAUAGUGGUGUACAUCACACCAAUAAGAAGCAUCGCUUCCCCAGUAUAAAAGUGAUAUCUUCUUGAUUUGGGUAAAGUCGUCCCGUUCGAAACGACCCGGCACAAAGAAACAACUACAUAAUUACUUACUUCAACAACAGCUCAGGUUCCGCACUGUACCCAUCUUGAUCUCGUCCUCUUCCGAACAAAUAUGAAGUGUUUUAUCGCGAUUGCCAUGGUCUUGGCUACUUUCGCCCUAGCAUCUCCAAUUCUUCCAUCCGCGCAAGAGCCAGGCGACGACUCGCCGAAACUCCAGGGAGACGUUUGCCUACCCGUAGGUACUAGCUGCUACCAUCAUAAUGAAUGUUGCAGUGGGCUCUGUUGGACCAUACCAAUAAUUGAUACACUUGCAAGUAGCAUCCUUUGCAUUCUUUGUAACUCACUAACAAACGAAAAGAACUGCGGAUAAAUCAAUACCGAGUAUAUCACCGCGCUUUGCAUGAGAUGAAGCCAAUAGCCGAGUUAUGCGAUGGUCAAGGUGGAGGUUGUGGUUCAUGUGCAAUGCUAGGUGCCGGGAGCUUAGGUGUAGAUCAUGGCUAUGUACAGAGCUCUGAGUCUGAUCUUAUACAUUCAAACCUCGUUAACAGUGAAUAUUCAUUUCAGUAUAUUGGAUUAAGACUGAACCUUGCUUUGAACUCUUUCUUGCCUCUUAGUCAACCUGACCCCCAUUCUGCACGUGGCUAA